AUCUCCCCUAUCCCAUUUCCCAUCCCCAAAGGAGAGGCCGGAUACCUACUGUCGUCUAGGUUUCUGCCUGUGUCGACCAUCCGUCACCCGUUCAGUCGGACCCGAAUUGUUGUGAUAGACCAAAGCCUUCCCCCGGAAGGCCCCGCAUAAAACCAGGCGUCAUGGCGGACGUCCGGUCCAAGAACCUCUACGAGCUUCUUGGCAAUGAUCCUGAAUUGGACCCCAACAGAGAGCCUGAGCCUCCCACGAGGGCUGUAGACAGACCUGCUCCCCGUGUUGGCAAGCGCGAUGCUCCCAAGGAAGCUCCCAGCACUCAGCCCCGUGCCGAGAACAACAACGCUCGCCGCGGCAACCGUGCCACUGGCAACGAGGCCGCUUUCCGCGACCGCAACGCCGGCCGCACCAACAACCGCGAGAAGGCCACCGAGGACCCCAAGGAGGGCCAGCGCCACGGUUUCCGCGCUCGUGGUGAGCGUGGUGAGCGUGUCCGCCACGACCGCCAGUCCCGCACCGGCCAGACCGACACCCGCAAGCAGGUGAACCAGGGCUGGGGUAACCAGAGCGGUGACAAGACCUGGGACGAUGAGAAGGCCGGAGAGGACAUCGCCCACAAGGACGAGAACGAGCCCCAGACUCCCGCCGCCGAGGAGGAGCCCGCCGACAAGUCCAAGUCCUUCGCCGACUACCUUGCCGAGAAGGCCGCCCAGGAGGACCUGAGCGCCAAGCCCGUCCGUGCCGCCAACGAGGGCUCCAAGCUCGACAAGAAGUGGGCCGCCGCCAAGGAGCUCAAGCCCCGCGAGGAGGAGGAGGCUUACAUCAAGGGCAAGGAGGAGAAGUCCAAGCGCGAGAAGCAGCGCAAGGAGAAGAACGUCCUCGAGGUUGACAUGCGCUUCGUCGAGGCCCCCCGCGGAGGUGCCAACGGCCCCCGUGGCCGUGGUGCCCGCGGUGGUGCUCGCGGCGGCCGCGGCGGCCGUGGUGGUAACAACACCAACGCUCCCCGCCCCAGCGGUGCUGCUACCAGCGGCGCUUCCGUCACCGUCGACGAGAAGAACUUCCCCAGCCUUGGUGGCAAAUAAAUGUGUUCAUGCCUAACCCCAAACACCGUCAUGUCCCCAUGUCGAAAGAAAUCUUGCGUGUGUGUGCGCGUGUGUUUUAUUUUAACUAAAUAACUCACCCCCCCCAUCUGCCCGGUUCCAAAAAAACGAAAAUUUUUUUCCAUUAACUCGCUCAC